GCCCAAAACCAGCUCGCUUCCCCAUGCUCUCGCAUUUAAUCCCCCACGGGCUCUCCGUGCCUCUGCCAGGGUAGUAAUGGAGAGGAGCAUGGGAGCCAGCUCCUGACGGUGUUUUUGUUUUUUGAAAUUUUGGCACCCUUCUUGCCUGCCUGCCUGCCCCAUUUGUACCUCCCAAGCUCCAUAGGCUCCUUGGCUAAUUAAGGUUUUUUCUCAGUGCUUGGUGGAGCCAUAGAGAUUAGAAACGUUGCUUGAGGGGAAGAAUUUGGUUGGAAGAUGAUGACUUCGCGCCUUCUUGCUUUGAUUUUGGUCGCGGGGGCUUCAUUUGCGUUCCUUUCCUUCAACACUAUGGUUCUCAACGGCGCAGGUCCCGCAUUGGCUGAUAGCACUGUAACAGUUAUCCCUCUGCAAGGUAGAAGUGCCGUGAUCAUCUUCAGUAACAGGAAGCGCAAGGACAACAGAUACCACACUGUCAAUAUAAGAAAUGAUAGGGAUCUAACAAGCAUCAACAAGGCUGAUUAUCCCCACUACGAUCCACCUCCAAGUUCAAGAGCAAUCAUUGAUCAUGGUCCAAUCGAACAUGGAACUCCGCUUAUGCCUUACAUCCCCAGAUCUACGCCGCCUCCGCCACCGUUCCACCCUAACCGUGGAUCCCCAUGAACCAGCCGUUGCUCUUUGCACUUGUCUAAAUGUGUAAUCCUAAUUUGCUGAGUCUUAGCUUCUCUCUACUUGGGACAGACCCAAGUAGAAAAUGCGAGCAUGAGUUUAUGCGAUGUAGUAUCCUAACUUGCAGAUUCGUAAUAACGUCCUGUUUUUGAUGCUUAUAUUG